AUGGAUUCUGAUUAUCGCGCCGCUAAGUCAGGCUUCGCUCGUGAUGUGCAGAUGCGGAUCAUGGAGAAGUAUGAUGCUGAGGAGGCAGCGAAGGCGCUCAAGUGGGUGCGUCUUCUCAAACCCACUGGGAGCAUCCCUCAAGUGCUAUGCGAUGCGGCCCAGAAAAUUCCAAGCGAUAUCGCCACUGUGAAGGCGGAGGAUUUUCAUAAUUACCUUAAGGAUGGUCUCGUUUUGGGCUACCUCAUAGGAUGUCUCAAACCAGAUGAGAUCUCACAGCGUCUGGGGAAGACUAUGUGGAAGGUUUCGGACAAGCCUAUCUUUGAAACUAAUCGUCGGCGUGAGAGGAUUGGCGCUUUUAUCAAUUUCUGUCAGGAGAUGGGAGUUGGCUCUGCCUCCGCAUUCCAGACUGACCAGUUGUAUGAGAUGACAAAUCUGCCACAAGUGGUGAUCUGUUUGUCACAACUGGGCGUGGAGGCACAAGCCAAACCAGGUUACAAUGGACCCGAGGGCUACUGGAUGCAUCGUCACACGGAGAAUAGGAGAACCUUCACAGAGGAGCAACUGAAGGCCGGUGAGUCGGUGAUCGGCCUUCAGAUGGGUUACGUCGGAGGUGCCAACCAGUCGGGUAUCACCUUUGGCGCCCAGAGGAAAGUUACCGACAUGUAUUGA